AUGUCCGCCGAGGCAAUCCCAGCGACCCACAAGUCCGCGCAAUACGACGAAUACAACGGCCCGCUGCACAUCCGCGAAGUGCCGGUCCCGGAGCCCGGCCAUGACGAUGUUUUGGUGAAGAUCUUGUACUCCGGAGUCUGCUACUCUGACGUGAGCAUCCACGCCGGAUUGUUGCAGGGAGAUCAAAAAUUCCCCGCCGUUGGAGGCCAUGAGGGCGCCGGCAUUGUGGUCAAGGUGGGGUCUCAUUGCAAAGACCUCAAAGUUGGAGACACUGUGGGAAUUAAGGUGAGAAAAAACUGAAAAAGAUAUCAGCUUUCAGUGCAAAGCAUGAGCUAAAAUUUUCAAGGUUAAAAGCAAGUUCUAUGUAGACUAUUUGAGCCAAAUACCAACCCAUACUGAGCUUUGACAGUUGAGAAAUUUGACGUUUUCUUCCCAUAUAUUCGAUCUUUUUUGGAUCCUCUAGGUUGAAAAUAUCGUUGAAUAUUUCAGCUCUUCGUGGAAAGAAUGAGCUAUAGAUUUGAUAAACGAAAGCGAGUUCUAUGUAGACUAUUUGAGCCAAAUAUCAACUCGUUCUAUGCUAUGACAGUGGAGAAAUUUAACGGUUUUCUUACUGUAUUUUUGAUUUUUUUUGGAUUCUCUACGUUGAAAAGAUCGUCGAAUAGUUCAGCUGGCCUUGCAAAGCAUCAGCUAAAAUUUUCAAAAUCAAAAGUGAGCUCCGUGUAGACUAUUUGAGCCAAAUUUCAACCCAUUCUGAGCUUUGAGCGUCGAGAAAUUUGACGUUAUCUUUACUGUAUUUUCGAUUUUUUUUUGAAUUCUCUCGGCUAAAAGAUCGUCGAAUAUUUCAGUUGCCCUUGCAACGCAUGAGCUAAAAAUUUCAAAAUCAAAAGCAAGCCCCGCGUAGACCGUUUCAACCAAGUUGCAACCCAUUCUGAGCUUUGCCCGUCGAGAAAUUUGAACGUUUUUCUCACUGUAUCUUCGAUUUUUUCGGAUUCUUUUGGUUGAAAAGAUCAUGGAAUAUCUGAGUUUUCUUUGCAAAGCAUGAGCUAAAAUUUUCACAAUUAUAAGCGAGCUCUGCGUAGAUUAUCCACAUCAAAUUUUAAGGACGACAAUGUUCUGAGCUUUGAGAAAUUCACUUUUUUAACCCUGCCUCUAUUACACCUACUGCAAUAUAAAUCAAAUCCAAUCUUUUUUCAGUGGAUCAACGCCACCUGCCUGAACUGCGAAUAUUGUCGGGCGGGCCGCGAGCCCAACUGCAACACCCCUCUCUUCUCCGGCUACAAUCGCGAGGGUACCUAUCAGCAAUACACUUUGGUCAAGGAGUUCCAUGCCAUCAAACUGCCGGCCGGCGUGAAUCUCGCCGAAGCUGCGCCCAUUCUGUGCGCCGGCGUUACGGUUUAUAAGGCGUUGAAGGACUCGGGAAUCAGAGCCGGACAGACGAUUGCGAUUACCGGCGCUGGCGGUGGAUUGGGAUGUUUGGGGAUCCAGUACGCAAAGGCGCUGGGAUUCAAGGUAUGAAAGGGCGGGGCUUUUGGAAGACAUAUGUACAGUGAGGGACUUGAUCCAUUGGCAAAAAAAACAUUUCGCAUUCGGGAAGUAUCAAAAAAAUGUGGCAAAAUGCCUCCCUCUCCAAUUAAAAAACUCUGUUUUGAAGCACGCGCCCUUUACCUCACAAAACAGAGGAAGCGCGCUUUUGAAAUCGGAGUUUUUUCACUUGGGGAGGUAUUUUGCUACAUUUUUCGAUACUUUCCGGAUGCAAAAUGGUACGUUUUUUGUCAAUGGAUCCGGCCCUCCACUGUAGGUGUUGGUGUGUUAUCAGUCUGUUUUUCCAGUAGAUUUUUGAAUAUCAGUCUGUCGGGAAAAUAAUGUGGAUUUGUCGCAGCAAAAUUACACGAUCCGUCGCAGUCGCGGACCAAAUCUCCGGCCGGGAGUAGCCGUCGCAAAGCGACAAUCGCCGAUUCCAGACAAAUCUACAUUAUUUUCCCGACAGACCGACAAUUUGCUCCGUCAGUCGGGAAACUUAAAAUGCAUACAGUCCGUCGGGAAAAUAAUGAGCACUCUGUCGCAGCGAAAAUUGCAUUGCCGCCGAGAAAAUGAAUUCAGUCGCGGCAAAAUCAAAUUGCUUUUCACUUCAGCGACGCGAUUGGCAUAGCGAAAUUGUACUCAUUAUUUUCCCGACAGAAUGAAGAAUCUGGCCAGUACGUCGGCUAAAUUUUGAUGAAAAAUUUGGGGCAAUCUAGACUAGCAUCUCUUUGAUGUUUUCUAGUUUUUUCAAAUCACUCUCCUUUUCAGGUCCUGGCCAUUGACGCCGGCGUCAAAGAAGAGUUUUGUCGGAAGCUGGGCGCCGACUAUUUCGUCGACUCUUUCGCCACCAAAGACAUCGUCUCCACCAUCCAGACCCUCACCAACGGCGGCCCGCACGGCGUGCUGAAUGUGGCCAACUCGGCGGUCGCCAUAAAUCAAUCAAUUCAAUACGUACGCACUCACGGCAUCGUCACGAUCGUGGCGCUGCCCAAGGACUCCAGAUUGGAUGUUGAUAUUAUUACCACCGUACUUCGCAGCAUCACCAUCAAGACCUCGUAUGUGGGGUCGAGAGAGGAGGCGGAUGAGGCGCUGCGAUUCCUGGCCGAUGGGCGCGUCAAGGUCCCGAUUGAGAUCCGGCCUUUUUCGGAGAUUACCAAGAGUUUUGAUGAGAUCCGCCAAGGAAAAGUUCAAGGGCGAAUUGUACUCGACCUGUGGAAGUAG